UGCUCUCCGAUUUUUGUCCGUGCGGGGCAGAUCGAUAUUCCUGCAUUUCUUUAUGUCUCUUGCGCAAAGCUUAAGCAGUCACGUACGGAGUCCACGUCAAAUAAGUUUGCGCACUUUUACACAGCGACAGAGGAUCGUCUAACGUCAUUUCCCUGUAAGUAAUUGCCAGAAUCAAGACUGUGGAUCUUCUGUCGCGGUCUGAGAGCACGUGCACUUAGUUAGCGUGGACUCUAAAAGUAAGUUAAUGUUGUACAUGUUGUAAAAUGUUAGGACGCGGUAUUUUUGUGCUCAUCGAUAAUUGUGCCCCAUAAAAUGUGAACGUCAGUGACGUAAAGAAAGUGGAUUAAUUACGCUCUUUGGAAUCAGGCUUCGACAUGAAAGGUUUAGCCAUCCUACUGUUGCUGUUGAGCUUGAUAGAAUUGGGCUCCAUGGGUGUCAUCGGGGGCGGGGCCUCCCGGAAUGGGCGCAGAGUGGGCUGCACAGGAGUGUUCGGGAGGGUGUUCAACUUGUCACGAUCGACACAAGGGACAAGUGGAAGGUCGGACUCUUUAAAACGGCAAAUUUCGCGACGGCCCUCCAUCCGCCUAAUGGAACUCGACUUUAAUCCUGGGGACACGGUUCUGAUCUCCGUCCUCCGCCCCUCCAGAGCACCCUCUUCACCGUACCACAAGAUGUUCGCUAUAUCGUCCGACGAGCUGUUUGAAGUCGCCGGUCUCGCAUUUUGGACCACGCCGUACAUGACGAAACGCGACGAGUUCGCUGCUUCAAUCAAGGCCAAUGUCAUCAAACCAAGGCCCGACAUACCUAAUUUCAUCGAAAAAGGAGUGAAGAUAGCUCGCAGAAUGGUCGGCGUCAAAGUGACUUAUUGGUAUAGACAUUGCAAUUGUUACCAUUACUCCGACUACCUAACAUAUGGACAGACGUUUGGAUCAUCGGAUAAUUUUUUUUACCAGCCUGCGAGCGAUGAUUGUCCAGUUUUCGCUACAAUCACAUCUGAGACGGACGUCUCAUCUCCUGAAUUUACACUGAAAACCAAAAAAGGCAAGCCAGUCAUACUCAAUCCCUUACCUGACGAAUGAUGGUGGCUGCUUAAAUGGAAACAACUUGAAUGGUUCGCAACAUCGAAGACUCCGUCGUGGAAACCUGUUAAUUCUAACAGCUAAGGACAUCUAAAGAAUAUAAUGAAAGAUUGUCGAAGACCCCUCUCCCCCCCCCCCUNUUGGAAUGGCUUUGUGACUGAAGUUGCCACUUGUUGAAAUCGAAAGCUCUUCAACAAUGAUAUUACACAAGGAAA